AUGUUCCACACCAUAGUGCCCCCCACCCUGAAUCCCCUAAUCUGCAGCCUGAAGAACGUGAUGGCCAUUCCGGGGAAGCCACAGCUAAAAUCAUUGAAGAGGAGAAUAGCAAGGACCAUGAUUCCCGAACUCUUUAUGGAUCAACCUUGUUCUUCUGCUACCUCUCUGGCUGUUUCUCAAUUUCAUUCACUGGCUCUACUUCUGCCUCACUUCCCUGAACUAUUAGUGCUCCUCAAGUCUCCAUUCUGCUUCCCUACUCUAUCUGCCCUGCACCCAUUCUCUUGGGAAGCUCAUCCACUCACUCACUCCUUCGACCGCUAUGUGGCCAUCUGCCACCCGCUGCACUAUGGGGUCAUCAUGAACAGAGGGGCCUCUAUGCAGAUGGUGGCUUCUACCUGGUUCAGUGGGGGGCUGCUUGUAGGGAUGUAUUCAGCGGGAACAUUCACAUUAAGCUUCUGCAGAACUAAUAUGAUCCAACAGUUCUUCUGUGAUGUCCCCUCCCUGAUGAACAUCUGCUCUGAAAGGCACAUUGUAGUUGAUGUCAGUGUUAUCAUUGGUAUGAGCUUUGGUUUCAUAUCGUUCAUAUCCAUCUUCAUUUCAUACGUUUACAUCUUCUCCACCGUGCUGACAUUUCCAUCCACAGAGAGCCGCUCCAAAGCUUUCUCCACCUGCCUGCCUCACACUGCCGUCUUCAUGUUCUUUCCGUCUAAUGGAGCCUGUGCUUACCUGAAGCCACCUUCAGACUCCCCGUCGGCCCUGGACCUGAUGGUGUCUGUGUUCUACACAGUCGUCCCUCCCUCAACCUUCUCAUCUACAGCCUAA